AUGCUCCACUGUCAUAACUUGAUUCAAGAGGGCAGCGGCAUGACGGCCGCUUUCAACAUUACUAUUCUUUCAGAGUUUGGUUACAACGAGAUUAAGUCUACUGAUCUGAUGGAAGAGCGCUGGAGGGCGAAGGGGUAUGUCAUGGCCGAUCUGCGCACCCGAGCUGGAACGUUCUCCGACUCUGCUCUUGAGAACGUGGUGCAGUCUAUGGCCGCUGCCGACCCGUAA